AUGAACACAAGAUCACCGAUCACAGGAGACGACUCCGAGACCAAUGUAUUGGAUAUUGCAUUUAACCAAGACCAAGGCUGUUUUGCCAUUGCCCACGAGCACGGGUUUCUAGUGUUUAACACGGAUCCGCUUGAUUUGCGGGUCAAGCGGAAGUUUGCGGGAACUUCUUCUGGGGUGGGCCAUAUCGCUAUGCUUCAUCGUACAAAUUACUUGGCACUUGUGGGGGGCGGAAUCAAUCCACGGUAUCCCGAAACCAAGCUCAUGAUUUGGGACGAUCUCAAGCGGAAAAAUAGCUUGCAAUUGGACUUUUCCACGCCGGUUUUGAAUGUUCUCUUGUCAAGAACCAGAAUUGUCGUCGUGCUCAAAAACCACGUUCAUGUGUAUGGAUUCUCGUCCCAACCCCACAAAAUUGCAUCUUACGAAACAAGCGACAACCAACAUGGCUUGGCAGACUUAUCGGUCAAUGUAAGCUAUAAUGACAUUGAUAGCUCAGCUUCUACGUCUGGCGAAUCUUCAAACUCCAACGACUCGAAGCAUGAAGGCAAGCAGCAAACCCUAGCAUUUCCCGCACGUACUGCGGGCCAAAUCCACCUAGUCGACGUCUCUACCCAGGGCCAAGAGCGUAAUGUGGUCAACAUCAUCAAGGCUCACAAAUCAAGCAUUCGUUGUCUAACUCUCAACAGAUCAGGUACACUCAUAGCAUCGGCGUCUGAAACAGGCACCAUCAUAAGAAUUCAUUCCACUCGCUCUACAGCAUUAUUAUUCGAGUUCCGCCGAGGACUCGACAGAGCAGAUAUAACUUCCAUGAGAUUUUCCCGUGACGAUAGUAAACUUGGGGUUCUAUCGGACAAAACAACCUUACAUGUAUUUAAUAUUAACCCCUCUCAACAAGAACAACCGGACGAUGAGGUCAAAGCUCCCACAAAUAGACACCACCUAUUUAGCUUUCUUCCAGUCCCGGUGCCUACAUACUUCCGUUCAGUGUGGUCUUUUUGUUCCGUAAACACAAAUCUGGAUCAUCCACGCUCCGAAGAGAACGACACUGGUGUCAUAGGAUGGUCGUCAAAUGAUAGCAUUAUAGUUGUUUGGAAGAAGAAGCAGCUUUGGGAACGUUAUGUGAUCGGCCAAGCUGCCAAUGGCUGGCAGUUGACUCGUCAUAGCUGGCGGUCUUUGGCUAUUGAAGACGUUGAUAAGUGGUAG